AUGGCCGCCAUGGCGAAGGCCGCGCUGCUGUUCAUAGCUACCAUACACGCCUUCGCACCACACAUCAACACACCAGUAAAGAAACACGCGCCACUGUUCGCGAAGCCGACGGAGGUGCACUACGCGCUCAACGCGGAGCUCUCGAAGGAGCAGUCGCCGGCGAAGCUCGUCGCCCUCGUCGAGGAGCGGUCCCAGGACUUCAACGGCGUGAACAUGGCGACGGCCCUGCGGCGCCUGGCGACGGCGCCCCUGGGCCGGCAACCGCGCGCGCGCGCCGCGGGCCUCGUCGCCGCGCGGCUCGAGACGUCGCUCGCCGAGCGGCCCGACGACUUCGACGCGCGGUCCGUCGCGACCGCGUGCUGGGCCUUCGCGAAGCUCGGCCUCGGCGUGCCCGGCGCGCUCGCCCGCGCCGCCGCGGGCCUCGCGGCGCGCAUGGAGCCGCGCGAGCUCGCGACGACGGCCUGGGCGCUCGCGACGGCCGCGCGCGACGCCGACGCCGCGGCCGACGGCGGCUACGCCGCCGCGGCCGCGGGCGAGACCGAGGCGGCGCUGAAGGCCGCGGCGGACGGCGCGACGCGCCGGGCCAAGGCCCUCUCCGGGCGCGACGCGUCGACGGUCGUCUUCGCGCUCGCCACGGCCAAGGUCCAAGGCCGGUCCGACUGCUACGCGGCGCUCGCGCGGCGCCUCGGCGGGCCCGCCGUCGCCGGCGCCGGCAGCUGGAACGGCCAGGACGUGGCCAACGCCGCCUGGGCCUACGCGUCGGCGCGCGAGCCCGCGCCGCGCUUGUUCGGCGCGUUCUCGGCGUUCGCGGCGGCGAACGCGAGCCGCCUGUCGCCCCAGGGCGUCGCGACGCUCGCCUGGGCGUUCGCGACGCAGCGGCGCUGCCCCCGGGGCACGGGCGUCGCCGGCGACCGGCCGUCCCAGGACGCCGCGGCCUUUUCGGCGCUCGCGGCGCGGGGGGCCGCGGUUUCCAGAGAACUGGACGCGCGGAGCCUCGCCUUACUGAGCUGGGCCUUCGCGGCGUCGCGGCGCGGCGGCCGGUCGCUGGCGCCCCUCUGCGAGGACACGCUCUUCGAGGCGCUCGAGGCCCACGCGAUCCCGCGGCUCGCGCGCGGCCUCGGCGCGCGCGACUCGGCGGCGCUCGCGUGGUCAAUGGCGACGGUCGGGCGCGCCUGCCGCCCGGCCUUCGAGGCCGUGGCCGCGGGCGCGGCGCGCGUGCCCGCGGCCCAGUGGUCGCCCCAGGCGCUGGCGAACGUGCUCUGGGCCUUCGCGACGCAGCGGUCGGGCUACGGCCCCGGCCGCCUCUUCGACGCGCUCGAGGACGCGGUCGUCGCCAAGGCCGACGCGCUCGCGAGCCGCGACGUCGCGACCGUGCUCUGGGCCUACGCGGCGCGGCGGCGGCUCUCCGAGGCGCCGCGGCCCGACGCGGUCUUCGGCGCGGUCGCGCGGUCGCCGGGGCUCGCCGCGCGGCUCCGAGGCGCGUCGCCCCAGAGCCUCGCGAACGUCGCCUGGGCCGUCGCCGCGCUCUACGCCGACGGCGGCGGUCUGGACGACGCGGGGCGGGCGCUGGGGUUGGAUGCCGUGCUCGCGGCCGUCGCGGACGCGGCGGUGCCCGUCGCGCGCGCGGGCCGCUUCGAGGCGCGGCAGCUCGCGACGCUCGCGCGCGCCUUCGCCGCCGUGCGCGCCGACGCGCCCGAGCCCACGCUCCUGGGCGCGCUGGGCCGCGCCGCGGCGGCGGACGCGCGCGCGCUGUCGCCCCUCGACGCGGCGAUGGUCGCGGACGCGGCGUCGCGGUGCCGCGCCUUCGUGGGCAACGCGGACGCGGUCGUGGCGGCGCUCGCCGACGACGCCGCGGACCGGGCGGCGACCUUCGGCGCGCAGGAGCGGGAGGACCUCUGCCGCGCGCUCGCGGUCUGCGGCUUCGCGGACCACGCGCUCUUCGGCGCGGCCGCGGAGGCCGUCUUCCCGCGCGUCGCCGACGACGCGAAGCUCCUGCCCGUGCCCACGACGGCCUACGCCGCCAACGACACGGACCGCGUCACCGUGCUCGAGGUCGUCCCCUACGACGCCAUGUUCCUCGCGCCCCUCGGGGGCGGCCCCGGGGGCGACGCCGGCGCGCCCCGGCGCGACGACCCCAUCCGCGAGCUCGACGUGCCGCCCCAGAACGCCGACGUCGCUAGUUUGCACCGACGGUUCGUGGCCAUCAGCCAGGGCGGCCUAUCUACGUUCCGCUGCGACGAGCACGACAUCGCCAUCCUCGAGACGCGCAAGGACCUGCCCUUCGAGUACGUCGAGUCCAUGGUGUUGGACGGGCGGCGCUUCGAGGUGCGACGGCUCAAGCCCUGGCGCCACGCCGUGACCUUCUACUGCGAGUCCGACGACGCCGCGCGCCUCUGGGCCGACGCGUUCCAGUCGCGGCUCGACGCGUUCCGCGCCAAGGCCCGGAGCCAGCUGCGCAGCGCGCCGGACGAUUUCGCGGUGGAGGGCGACGAGCCGCCGCGGCCGCCGGGCGCGCCGGAGGCGGCGGUCUCGCCGCCGAAGCCGCCGGGCACGCUCGCGUAA